AACAGAGGGAACUACAGCCAUGCCAAAAAUGACAACACAUGAUACUUCGACACAACAUUUAACUACAAGAGAGCCCACUUCCACAGAGGCAAUGACAGUAACAUCAACAACCAUGUCAGAAAUGACAACACAUGAGAUUUCGACACAACACACAACAAUGUCUUCCACGGAGGCAAUGACAGAAGCAUCAGCAACCAUUUCACAAAUGACAACAGCAGCAAACACAAGGGCCACCACCCCAUUCGAUGAGCCAACAACAGAAUCUCCACAAUCGACAGAAGGAUCUACUGUUGAAGGCAACACUAUUGACGUAACGACAGACAAGCCGACAUCAGAACCAGGCACAGCUCCAACAACUGCAACGUCACCGAAGACUUCCACUUUACUCACAAGUACAGGCACAUCCACAGGAAUAUCCACCGUCAUUCCUACCACUGUCAUGCCUACUACGGCCCUAGCCUCUACUGAGUUAUCAUCAUCAUCAUCAUUAUCAUCACUAGCCACAGGACAAACCACACAGUCAACUAUAGAUUCUACCACUAAUCAUGUACCAAGGGCAACGUCGGCAGAACCAUCAACAGGGAGAACAACACAGGAGAUUUCGACACAACAUACAACAGAACCAACUACCACAGUCAUGCUUGCCACAGAGACCUCGACAGAACCAACAACAACCAUGUCAGACAUGACAACACAGGAGAUUUCGACACAACACACAACAACAGCAGAGCCGACUACCAAAGGCAUGCCUGCCACAGAGGCAUCCACAGAACUAUCAACAACCAUAUCAGAAAUGACAACACUGGAGCCCUCGACACAACAUUCAACAACAGCAGAGCCAACUACCACAGUCAUGUCUACCACAGAGGCAAGGACAGAAACAUCAACAAUCAUGACAAAAAUGACAACAACAGCUGAGCCUGCUACCACAAAGCUCACCAUACCAUCAGAUGAAGCAACAAUAGAAUCUCAACAAACGACAGAAGGAUCUACUAUUCAAGGCAACACUAUUGACGUGACAACAGACAAGCCGACAUCAGAACCACGCACAGCUCCAACAACUGCAAUGUCACCGAAGACUUCCGCUUUACUCACAAGUACAGGCACACCCACAGGGAUAUCCACUGUCAUUCCUACCACUGUCAUGCCUACUACGGCCCUAGCCUCUACUGAGUUAUCAUCAUCAUCAUCAUCAUCAUCACUAGCCACAGGACAAACCACACAGUCAACUAUAGAUUCUACCACUAAUCAUGUACCAAGGGCAACAUCAGCAGAACCAUCAACUGAGAGAACAACACAGGAGAUUUCGACACAACAUACAACAACAGCAGAGCCGACUACCACAGUCAUGCCUUACACAGACACCUCGACAGAACCAUCAACAAUCUUGUCAGAAAUGACAACACAGCAGAUUUCGACACAACACAAAACAACAGCAGAGCCAACUACCAAAGUCAUGACUGCCACAGAGACAUCGGCAGAACGACCACUGACAACCAUGUCAGAAAUGACAACACAGGAGACUUCCACACAACAUAUAACAACAGCAGAGCCGACUACUACAGACAUACCUUUCACUGAGACAUCGACAGAACCAUCAACAGAGAGAACUAUAACCUCUUCAAAAACUGCAACACAGGAAACCUCCACACAUCCUACAGAGGAAACUGCGACAAGGCGUACAACCCAACCUUUAACGACUCAACAGGCAACGUCAGUAGUCCACACAACUGAUGGUUCAACAGCGCUACAUGUAACCACGUAUAAAACGGCAGCAGAAUCCCCAACAUCUACAAUAUCAACUUCAACUCAGCAGAGUACCUCCACUGCAGUCACAAGUACAGAGGAAUCCACGGGGAUCUCCACAGUCAUGCCUACCGUCGUCAUGGCUUCGACUGAGGCAUCGACAGAACAAUCAACAGAGGAAUCUACAGCCAUGCCAACAGAGGAAAUCACACCAGAGACUACAACAAGAGAAGGUACCACAGUUAUGCCUUCUACUGAGGCAACAAAAGAACUAUCAACAGAGAUAUCUACAACCUUACCAGCAAUGACGACAGAAGAGACUUCGACUGAGGGACCAACAGAACCAUCAACAGAGGGAACUACAAUCAUGCCAACAGAGGAAAUCACACCAGAGACUACAACAGGAGAAGAUACCACAGUUAUGCCCUCUACUGAGGCAACAAGAGAACUAUCAACAGAGAUAACUACAGCCUUGCCAGCAAUGACGACAGAGGAGACUUCGACACAACAUACAUCAACAGGAGGGGCAACUACCACAGGACUCACAACCAAGCCUUCCAUUGACUCCACUACCAUAGUUUCUACUAAGGCAUCGUCAGCAACUACUGUACAAACUAGUUCCACUGCUGCGCUCACGACGAUAGAAACGUCACCCCAAACAGCAACGGGAAUCUCCACCGUCGUACCUUCCACUGAGGCACCGCUAGCUACAACUGUCCAGGCAACAACGGAGACGACUGUUUUGCUUAGUACCCUGGAAGCCACCACACCUGACAUAAGUACUGCAUCAUCGACAGAACAAGAUACAACAGAGCAAGAUACAACAAUGGUAACAACAACUGCUACAAUACCAAUUCGAACCACAGCAACAGAAACAACUUUGGGAACUACAACUCCUACAACGCCACGAGUGACAACUCGAACCACUACAGUUCCAGAGGCAGUUGAUACAACAGCACAGAUAACAACCCGAACCACUAAAACAGAGGAAGAUACGACAGCAGACUCAACAACAAAAUAUGUUACAACACCAGAAGUAACAUCAGGAGAAGGUACAACACCAGAAGUAACAUCAGGAGAAGGUACAACACCAGAAGUAACAACAGAUGUUACAUCGCCAGAGGUAAUGACAAGCAUUGCAAUGACACAGCAAGUGACAAGAGGAGCCACUACAGGUCCUACAACAGAGAAGAAAACAACUGAAGGGAAUGUAGCCGCAACAACAACUCAGGCAUCCCCAACAACCGUAUUGACCACAGAUGCGGCUGUAGAUUCUACCACUAGUCAUGUACCGAGGGUCACAGCAGUACCAUCAACAGAGAGAACAACAAUUCUGCCAAAAAUGACAACACAGGAGACUUCGACACAACAUACAACAUCAGAGCCAACUACCACAGUCAUGUCUUCAACGGAGGCAAUGACUGAACCACCACCAACCAUGUCAGAAAUGACAACGCCGGAGACUUCGACACAACAUUCAACAACAGAAGAGCCGACUACCACAGUCAUGUCUUCCACGGAGGCAUUGACAGAACCACCAACAACCAUGUCAGAAAUGACAACGCCGGAGAUUUCGACGCAACAUACAACAACAGCAGAGCCAACUACCACAGUCAUGUCUUCCACGGAGGCAAGGACAACCCGAACCACCACAGUUCCAGAGGCAACACCAGAAAUAACAUCAAGAGAAGGUACAACACCAGAAGUAACACCAGGAGAAGGUACAACACCAGAAGUAACAUCCGGAGAAGGUACAACACCAGAAGUAACAUCAGGAGAAGGUACAACUCCAGAAGUAACAUCAGGAGAAGGUACAACACCAGAAGUAACAUCAGGAGAAGGUACAACACCAGAAGUAACAUCCGGAGAAGGUACAACACCAGAAGUAACAUCAGGAGAAGGUACAACACCAGAAGUAACAUCCGGAAAAGGUACAACACCAGAAGUAACAACAGAUGUUACAUCGCCAGAGGUAGUGACAAGCAUUGCAACGACACAGCAAGUGACAAGAGGAGCCACUACAGGUACUACAACAGAGAGGAAAACAACUGAAGUGAAUGUAGCCACAACAACACAGCAAGUUGCCCAGACCCCAGUCGUUCUGACCACGGAGAAAGAUUCAACUGCUACAUCAAAAACAACUUCUGCAGAAUGGCAAGUAACAACUCGAACCACAAAAGUUCCAACAACUAUGGUGACUACAACUCCUACAACUUCACAAGCUACAACUGUAGCUGCAACCGCAGAUAUAGAUACAACUGUGGCGAAUAAUGUUGUUACAACACAGAAAGCCACAACUAUGGUGACCACAGCUGGGACAACACCUGGAGUGACAACCAAAAUAACCAUUCCAACGACAGUCAUAACGAAGAAAACAACAACACCACAGAUCACAACGCAGGCGAAUGUUCCUACAACACAGAAAGAUACAACUGUGGUGGCUGAAACUGCUACCACAUCAGGCGCAACAACCGAAACCACUAAAGUAACAGAUGGGGAAACAACUAUGGUAACAGCAGCUGCCACAACAUUACAAGCAGCAACCCAAACCCCAACUGGUUUAACAACUGAGAAGGAAACGACUGUGGCAACUACAACUGAUACAACUCCACAGGUUACAAGCCAAAUUACAACUGGUUCUACAACAAUGAGAACAGCAGAUGCUACAACAGUGACAGCCACAACGCACCAAACUACGACACAAACGUCCACAACUCCCCGGACAACAAAAGUGAUAACAACCCCCAUAGUUUGUAACUCGGGUUGUGACGAAAAUGCUGAGGUUCUGUCCAAUGGAACGUGUCAGUGUAAAAGGGGGUUCAGCGGCGAUGGGAGGACAUGCAAGCUUGUUUCCAGAGGGUUUUCCCAAUCGGUAAAGUUCAAAGACAGGACGUACAGCGCUACACUGGCAGACUGCACAUCUGAUGACUUCGCGACGACCAAGGCUGAACUAGAAACAACAGUGACAAAGGCCUUUAAUGGAAGCUCCAUUGCUGCCUAUGUGUACUCAGUGAUCAUUGAUGGUUUUUCGAGCGGCAGUUUGGUCGUGAGUAUGACUACCACCACCAACCCAGAAGCCGAAAUUACCCCUGAUGAACUAGAAACAGCUUUGGUGUCUUCUCUUGAUGACAACGUGGAAGUCAACACAACAGAAAUCUUAACAACACAAUCCACAACGUUACCAGACACUUCAACGCCAUCAACCACUACAAUCAAGGCAACAACAAAGGUUGCAAUGCCCUAUACUACGCCAUUUGUAACAACUAGAACCACAACAACACCACAUGCAACGACACAUACCCCAACUGUCCCGACAACAGAGGGAGACACAACCUUGGUGACUACAACUGCUACAACUUCACAAGUCACAACUCGAAUCACUGUACCUGCAACCACAGAGAUACAUACUACCAUGGCGAAUAAUGUUGUUACAACAUCAGAAGUAGCAACAAGGCCUUUCACGACACACGAAGCCACUACAAGUCCUACUAAAGAGAAGGACACAACUGCGAUGACCUCAACUGCCAUGACCUCAACUGUCACGACACAACUAACAGCUCAUUCCACUAUGGCUUCAACAACAGAGAAAGAUGCAACUAUUGUGACAACUGCUAUUGCACCAGAAACAGAAGUAACAACCCAAACCACUAAGGUUCCAACCACAGAGACAAAUACAAAUGUGAUCACUACAACUGCUACAACACCUCACUUUACAACAGAUAGAGAAACGACUAUGGCGGCUGUAGAUACUACAAAAUCACAGGUAACAACCCACACCCCAACUGUUACGACAAAAACGAAAGAUGCAGGUGUGGUAACUACAGAUGUGACAUCACCUAGAGUGACAACCGUUCCAAAAACAACAAGGAUAUCAACUAGUCCCACAGCAGAGAGGACUACAUUUGCCACAACAAAAGUCACAACACCACAGAUCACAACCCAUGAAACACGUGUUCCUACAACACAGAAAGGCACGACUAUAGUAAGCACAACUGCGACAACACCCGGAGUGACAACUGAAACAACUAUUCCAACAACAACAAGGAUAUUAACUGCUACAAUGCCACCAAUUUUGACAACUAGUCCCACAACUGAGAAGACUACAGUUGCCACAACAAAAGUCACAACACCACAGAUUACAACCCAUGAAACACAAAGAGGCACAACUACAGUAAGCACAACUGAGACAACACCUGGAGUGACAACUGAAACAACUGUUCCAGCAACAGAGACGACAGCCAUAACAGGGAAAGUAACAACACCACAGAUCACAACGCCGACGAGUGUUUCUACAACACAGAAAGUUACACCUGUUACAACACCAGACGUAACAACCCAAACCACUCAUGCUCCUGUCUACACUACGCCAUUUGUAACAACUAGAACCACAACAACACCACAUGCAACGACACAUACCUCAACUGUCCCGACAACAGAGGGAGACACAACCAUGGUGACUACAACUCCUACAACUUCACAAGUUACAACUCGAAUUACUGUAGAUGCAACCACAGAUAUACAUACAACCAUGGCAAAUAAUGUUGUUACAACAUCAAAAGUAUCAACAGUAACAACACCCAAAGUAACAACAGGAGCCACAGCACAACAAACAGCUCAAUCCACUAUGGUUUCAACAACAAAGAAAGAUGCAACUAUUAUGACAUCUGCUGUUGCACCAGAAACAGAAGUAACAACCCCAACCAAUAAUGAUCCAACCACUGAGAUAGAUACAGCUGCUACAAUGCCUCACGUCACAACACGUAGAGAUCGUACAACAGAUAAGGGAACGAAUAUGGUGACUGUAGCUUCUACAACGCCACAGGCAACAACCAGCCACACUACAACGAAUGGUGUUGAUGGGGUAACUACAGAUGUGACAACACAUAGAGUGACAACCCAAACCGUUCCAAAAACAACAAGAAUAUCAACUGUCACAACGCCAACAUUUUCGACACAAAUGACAACUAGAUCAACAGCAGAGAGGACUACAUUUACUACAACAAAAGUCACAACACCACAGAUUUCAACCCAUGAAACACGUGUUCCUACAACACAGAAAGGCACAACUAUAGUAAGCACAACUGUGACAACACCUGGGGUGACAACCGAAACAACUGUUCCAACAACAGCAACGACAACCAUAACAGGGAAAAUAACAACACCACAGAUCACAACGCCGACGAGUGUUUCUACAACACAAAAAGAUACAACUGUUGCAUCACCAGACGUAACAACCCAAACCACCCAAGGUCCAAAAACAGAUGGGGAAACAACUAUGGUAACAGCAGCUGCUACAACAUUACAAGCAACGACCCAGACCCAAACUGUUCAAACAACAGAGAAGGAAACGGCUGUUGUAACUACAACUGAUACACCUCCGCAGGUUACAGCCCAAAUUCCUACUGGUUCUUCAACAAUGAGAACAGCAGAUGCUGCAACAGUGAAAACAACAACGCCCCCAACAACAACAAAAACGUCUACAACUUCCAAGACUACAGCGGUGAUGACAACAGCCCCUAGAGUUUGUAACUCGGGUUGUGACGAAAGUGCGGAUGCUCUGUCCAAUGGAACUUGUCAGUGUAGAAAGGGGUUCAGCGGCAAUGGAAGGACAUGCAAGCUUGUUUCCCGAGGUUUUGCUCAGUCUGUGAAGUUCAAAGACAAGACAUACAGCGCUAUGCUGGCAGACUGCACAUCUGAUGAUUUCGUGACGACCAAGGCUGAACUGGAAACAACAGUGACAGAGGCCUUUUCUGGAAGCUCCAUUUCUGCCGAUGUGUACUCAGUGAUCAUUAAUGGUUUUUCAAGCGGCAGUUUGGUCGUGAGUAUGACUACCACCACCAACCCAGCAGCCGAUAUUACCCCCGAUGUACUGGACACAGUUCUGAUGUCUUCCCUGAGUGACAUCGUGGAAGUCAACACAACAGAAAUUUCAAACACACAAUCCACAACGUUACCAGACACUUCAACGUCAUCAACCACUACACUCAAGGCAACAACAAAGGUUACAAUGCCAUCUACCACGCCAUCUGUGUCCACUGUUCGAACCACCAUUUCGCAACCAGCGACAGAAAUGUCACCCCAAACAUCCGCAGGGGUAUCCACCAUCGUGCCCACCACUGAGGCAUCAUCAACCACUACACAGGGAGCAACAACAGAGAAAACAAUGCUUUUCACGACCUUGGCUGUCACCACACCUGAAGUAACUACUGCAUCUGCGACAACACGUCAGAGUACAACAACGGCGCCAACCACAGCAGCUUCAACAACUGACACUACAACAAUCAUAACAUCAUCGGGGCCAGGCACCAGCAGGGCUCAGAGAACCACCCAGUCACCCUCAACAACUGACAAGAUUUCGACGACACUCCUAUCAACAACAGACCACAUUUCAACAGAAGCUACAACCAAACCAAAAACUUCAUUACCAGUUACCACAAGCCAUAGAACAACUUUGGGGACAACCACAAAAACUUCGACCAUUGGCAUUACAACAAGGGAGGGAGCCACAACCAAGACAAUGACUACAUCAAGGGAAUCUACUACAGGAGGGAGAGAAACUACUGGGUUCACUGAAACCCGGUCAACAAUGUCACAGACAACAUCCACAAUUCAUACCCCCCAAGGUUCUACAACAGAGCACACCCUCGCAGCCAUUUACACUACAACAACCCCUUAUCAACCUACAUCCGUAUUGUUCUCUUCCCAGGAACCGAUGACUACUGUCAAAACUACAGAGGCUUUGACAACAGCAGCUGAAGUACCGACAACAAAAGUAGACGCAACUACCACCAUGGCUACAACAGAGGCAAACGAUGUUACGUCUGGUCUGACAACCAUCCUACCGUCAACAGAAGAAGUUACAACAACACUAACCACAACAAUUCUAACGACAAAACCAACCAUGAUUAGCACAACGGAAGAAACAACACAACCAACAACGGGACUGGACACCACAGUUAACCAACAAGAAACCCCCACAACAACAACAAUCAGAACUACAGAUGUAACGACUGAUGUUACAACAGAUGCAACUGAAGUAGACACCACAGUUCAGCCUACAACUUCUAGAAGCAAACCCACUACUUCAGAAUCAACCACAGGGACUGCUACAAUACUGCCAACAUCGUUGCUAACAACAGAAAGUCCAACAGAAGUUCCAACCACAGAAGUUCUAACAACAGAAGUUCCAACAACAGAGGCAACAUUGGUGACAACAGCUGCUACAACACCAGGAGCAACAACCCGUACCACAACUGUUCUGACAACAAAGGAUACAACUGUGGUGGCUACGAGUCCCAAAGUAACAACUCAAGCGACAACGAUUUCUACGACAGCAAAGAUUACAACCCCGCAGAUUACAACCCAAACAACGACAGCAAGGGUAACAACUGCCACAACACCACCAAUUACAACCCAAAUGACAACAAGUCCCACUACAGAGAGGACCACAGCAGCCACAACAAAAGUCACAACACCACAGUUAACAACACCGGAAACAACGGCUCCCUCAACACAAAAGGAUACAACUGUAGUAACCUCAGCUGUAACAACACCUAAAGUGACAACCCAUCCAACAACUGUUCAAACAACAAGGAUGACAACUGCUACAACCCCACCAGUUACAACUCAAAGGACAACUGCUCCUACAACACAUAAAGAUACAACCAUGGUCACUACAGCUGUAACAACACCUAGAGCGACAACAAAACAAACAACUAUUCAAACAACCAGGCAGAUAACUGCUUCAACACCACAAGUUACAACUCAAAUGACAACUGCUGCUACAACACAGAAGGCUACAACCACGGUCACUACAGCUGUAACAACACCUAGAGCGACAACAAAACAAACAACUAUUCAAACAACAAGGCAGAUAACUGCAUCAACACCACAAGUUACAACUCGAAUGACGACUACAACAAUGAGUACAACGGAUGCCACAACAACCAAAGUCACAACACCCCAGAUGACACCACAACCUUCUACAACUCCCAGCUCCACAACAGUGAUGACGACAGUGGCCAAAGUUUGUAACUCAGGUUGUGACGAGAAUGCGGAUGCUUUGUCAAAUGGAACAUGUCUGUGUAGAAAGGGGUUCAGUGGCAAUGGAACGGAAUGUGAACUUGUUUCAAGUGGAUUUUCCCAGUCCGUGAGAUUCACAGGUUUGACGUACAGUGCUACACUGGCUGACUGUGUGUCUAAUGACUUUGUGGCAACCAAGUCACAACUGGAAUCUACAGUGACAGACAUCUACUCCGAUUCCUCCAUUGCUGCCCACCUGUACUCGGUGACUGUAACAGGUUUUUCCAGCGGUAGUUUGAUAGCACAAAUGACGAUCACCACCGACCCGGCUGCCGGAAUCACCUACGAUGUCCUGGAAGCUGCUUUUAUGUCUUCUGUUGGCAUCAGCCUGGAUGUCAACACAACAGAAAUUUGCUAUUCAAGUCAUUGCUCCAAUGGUGGGAGCUGUCAAGUGGUCAACGUGUCUAGGACUUGCGAGUGUUCGGUAUAUUACAGUGGCGACAACUGUGAGACUCGAGUGAUAGACGGCCAGUAUGGUGAGUGGAGUCCCUGGAGUCCCUGCCUGUCGACCUGUGGACAGGGAUCACAAGUUCGCACACGCCAGUGUGACAGCCCACCACCCCAUGGCAACGGUCGCUGGUGCAACGGAACCUCUGUGGAAUUCCGGGCUUGUGACUUGCCAGACUGCCCCAAAGGACACAUUGACUGGUGUGAUGCUGAAGAGGACCGCUGCUCCCAGACCUCCGGAGCUGGAAACUGUUUUCUCACAGCCCCAGACUACGACUGCUACUGUGACCAUGGUUACGAGAUGAUCCUUAGUAACAAUGACACAGAGUUUGUCAGAUGCCAAGAUGCGGAUGAGUGUGCACUUGGCUGGGAUUUCUGUGACCCGAACUUUGCCACAUGCACAAAUAACAUCGGAGACUACACCUGUGCCUGCAUUACUGGAUACAAAGGAGAUGGCAUGGAAUGUGAAGACAUUGACGAGUGCCAGGAGCAAGCAAACACCACCCGUUGUGAUCCACAUGCGACUUGUGUGAACACUGCAGGAAGCUACAACUGCACCUGUAACCUUGGAUACCACAGCACCUCUCCACAGGAAACUGGCUUUGUUGGACAGUGUAGAGAGGACAGGUUGUUUCCCUUUGGCGAGGCAGUGAAUGACAAGCUAAUAGGCAUCACACCAGGGAAUGGAGAGGCCAUAUCCUCUCCCAUCAUAGUGCCCUAUGGACUUCCUGUUCCAGGGGGACUCUGCAAUGACCUUUGUGUCACAGAGAAUGGUAUCAUAGUUGCCACCAAUGGUCAGGAUUACUAUGGAAUUCCCAGCCUGCGGAACCCAGGGCCACUAAGCGAGGAGUUGAAGAAGGAGUCGGACAUUUGUGCAGUGUUUUCCCCAUUCUGGGCAAACAAUCGCUUCACUGGACUUCAGCCAGGGAUGGCACCAAAGGUGUGGUUCAACACAUACACUUCUGCAAAUGAAACUAUGACGGCCCUAGUAAACUCUGCCAUCCGAAGUACCCAGCCAACAUCCGGGAGCUUCACGGCUGCUUUCGUCUUCAUUGCAACAUGGCAGAAAAUGGUGCCUGCAUGGCAAGCUGACAGUACUGAGGAGAACACAUUUCAAGCAGUAGUGGCCACAGACUACCACCACACCUACGUCAUGUACCGGUUCAGAGACAGGUACAUGACAUGGGUCCCAGUCUUGCCUCUUCUGGUUUAUUACCGUGAUGGCUAUCCUGCAAGAAUAGGCUACCUGGUCAAGACGCCAAGCACUUCGUAUGCCAUAGAGGACCCGAACUCGGCUUGGUGGAGCCGCGGCAACAACGACAUCAACGCAUAUCGUGUCAGCCAGAAAGUCAGUCCAACUACCGGGAAACAAGGCCAGAUUUUCUACCAGGUGGACAACAAUGGAGAUGACUACGUCAAUCCAAAGCUAGCAUGUGACAACUGGGCAAAGGAUGAGCCAGAUGCCUCUGAGUAUGCCUCCACCUUAGUUGGGACAUGUCCAAGAUACUUUAGCCAAGCAAGGGCUGAGGCUGGCCGCUGGAUUUUAACAAGUACCAACUGCUUUUCCAAGGCCUUUGCCUUAUCUACAGGGGGUAACUACGAGUGCUGCUAUGACGACCGUGGAGCUCUGAUUGACUCUGUCAGCAGGUUUGGGUCGGGAGCUGGGUUCCUGCAUAGGUACAGGAAGGAUAUGAACACUAACAGUUCCUACUACAAAAAUGACUACUUGCCUCAAACCUGGUGCUGUGAGAUGUCUGGUGAUGAUAACUUCUGUGCUAAAUUCAGGAGGAAGAGAGCGAUAGCGUCAUCAGAGAACUACCGUCAAACUGUGCAGGCCUCUGGCCUUGGUGAUCCCCACAUCACUACCCUUGACGGCGCCUCCUUCUCCUUUAACGGCCACGGUGAGUUCCUUCUGCUGAGGAACACCAGCGACUCCCCGCACAGCUUCGAACUGCAGGCGCGAACCAAACGUCCCAUCAUCAAUGGUGUUGAAGUAAGAGGCACUGUCUACAGUGGCAUUGCGUUUAAACAACCAUCCGAAACUGUGGAAGUCCAUCUCCGCAGCAGCAGCCCAGGAUUCUAUGUUGUCAUCAAUGGUGUGGAACUGCAGAAGGAAGAAGUCCUUGCAGGAAAAACUUUCGGUGAUGGAAGAGUCUUUGCCCAGAAUGACAAUGCAGGGAAUCUGACAGGCGUUCUCGUGUCCUUCCCGUCUGGAAUCUCCAUCUCCGUGACGAGCAGCCAAAACUUGCUGAGCUACGUGGUGGGCAUGCCGGCAGGGAUGUCUGGGAAGCUGCGUGGGAUCCUGGGAAAUCUGAACGGCAACCCUUCGGACGACUUCUUCCUGCCCAGCGGAUCUCUAUACCCCACAUCAAACCCAACAAAGCCUCAAGAUUCCGAAAUUUUCCCCUUUGGUCAAGCUUGGUCGUUAAGGAAUGUCAGCUCUCUUCAAGGAGUCGAUGUCUCCACCGUGACACUUUUCACCCGGUAUCCAUCCGGGUCUUCAGCGGCUUCAUAUGGAGACGACAGUUUUGUGCCCAAGUUCUUCACCACUGAUCUGGAUGCCCUCUUCGAUGGGAACACCACCUUUAAAAACCAGGCCAUUGCUGCUUGUGGCGGGGAAAACAACACACAGUGUCUUCAUGACAUUGCUGUAACAGGUCUAAUUGAAGUAGGCCUGGCAACGUCCAAGGGACUAUUGGCAAAUCAGCAAGCAACCGCACUUUUAGCAAAUAAUCCACCCAAUGUGACAGCGCCAAGUGAAGUACGUGUUAAGGUUGGCGAGACAUUCACACUCACCCUGCGGGCAACAGAUGAGCAGCCCGUGGUGAACUUCACCCUGAGCGGUUCUGGGACGCUGACUCAAUCUACGGGCCUGGCAGCUAACUUUGUCUGGACUCCAACAAGCACGAACAAGACAACUAUCAGCUGGACAGCUACUGACGUUCUCAACGCUGCAACAACUGUUUCCCCAGACAUAACGGUCUGCGGUUGCGUCAAUCUUGGAACAUGCGACUACAACAACGUUGGAGCCCGGACUGAGGGCUUUGGUGUUGCUGCCUGUGUGUGUCCCAACGGAUGGGGAGGACAGUUCUGUGAACAAGACGUAGAUGGCUGUGGUGGCAACCCCUGUUUCCAAGGUACAAACUCUAUUCACAUAUCAGUCUCCAACUCACAUCAGUCAAAAGGUUUUAUAAUUAGCCUGCAUUACACAGGCUCUCUCUGCGCGAGGUUCUUAUUUUACCUCCAACUCACGAGGCCUCACUAGUGACUCUUGAUUUAG